AUGGCUGGAAUGCUCGAUUUCGUGCUUCUUGGAAGGAGCUCAGAGUCGAUUGGAGUCAUGGAGGAGAAGCCGUUCCCGGCGUGGUCUUCGUCGGUGGAGCAAUGCUUGAAGGAAUUCAAUGUCAAGCUGGAGAAGGGAUUGAACUCUUACGACGUUGAGAAGAGGCGGAAAAAAUACGGCUGGAACGAGCUCAGGAAGGAGAAAGGCAAAGCUUUGUGGUGGCUGGUGCUCGAACAAUUUGAUGAUGUGCUCGUGAAGAUCCUCCUUGGUGCGGCGAUCAUCUCCUUUGCUCUCGCUUAUCUUCAUGGGAGAGAGGCUGGGCUGACAGGAUUUGAGGUUUAUGUGGAGCCAAUUGUGAUUAUUUUUUUGAUUCUAAUGCUCAAUGCCUUUGUUGGGGUUUGGCAGGAGAGCAAUGCUGAGAAGGCUCUUGAAGCCCUAAAAAGUAAUAAACUAGCAGCUAAUGCAUUACCUUUCUGA